CUCUGCAUAGUUGCGGCUUCCUGAACCGGGUCCCGAAACGAGUCGCUACCGGCCACCCGAGAAAAAUCACUAUAAACCUCGCACUACGCCCUCAUCUCCGAAUGCAGAGCCCGAUGCUUCUAUGUUAGGGCUGCUCGUUUACGGACCGGUGUGCCAGCUGUCAUCCGCAGGCAUUUACCGGUAUCCGCUAAUAUUAAACUAGCAAGGGCCGCUAGAGACAGGGCUCUCUAUCCGGAGGGGAAGACGAGGCGACUGGCGGCGAUGCGUUCUACUAACAGUUGUUUUCCUCUUGUUCAAAUAACCGUUUUUUAAUAGUUUUGCGAUCCUUUAAAGUUACAAAUACAUCUUAAUUUCACUACAAGAAUUCAGCCGACGAAUAGCCCUUUCAGAGAUAUGAAGCCAUAGGUUGAGAGCAUAUGACAUGUUAAACAAAGUCUGGAUAGCCGGUUUAUGAAUAUUAUAAACCAAAAUAAGCAAUAGGUAUUUAGCUGGGUCCUGUUUCCAAAUAACGGGUUAUUUUGUCGUUUUCUGUAGUUGCAAAUAAUUUGCCAGCGGGCUAGCUCCGACUUAAAGGGUCUCCUGAGUCACUUAAGUUAGACAUGGGUCCAAAAAAGAGACCGGAUCCCUUGAACAUAACGCCUGCCGGAGAGGGACAGUCUGGCUCCACAACCAUCGAUGCGGCAUCUGAGGCCAACCUGGAAGCCCUUCAGAAGAAGCUGGGGGAGUUGGACCUGGACGAGCAGCAGAGAAAGCGCCUGGAGGCUUUCCUCACCCAGAAGGCCAAGGUGGGGGAGCUGAAGGAUGAUGACUUUGACCGUAUCUGCGAGCUGGGAGCGGGCAAUGGAGGCGUUGUCAAGAAGGUCCGACACAGACCCACGGGGUUGGUCAUGGCCAGGAAGCUAAUUCACCUGGAAAUCAAGCCGGCCAUCAGGAACCAGAUCAUCCGUGAGCUGCAGGUGUUGCAUGAAUGUAACUCCCCCUACAUCGUUGGCUUCUAUGGGGCCUUCUACAGCGAUGGCGAAAUCAGCAUCUGCAUGGAGCACAUGGAUGGAGGCUCCCUGGAUCAGGUGCUGAAAGAGGCUCGGAGAAUCCCAGAGGAGAUCCUCGGCAAAGUCAGCAUAGCUGUACUCAGAGGGCUCGCUUAUCUACGCGAGAAACACCAGAUCAUGCACAGAGACGUCAAGCCGUCCAACAUCCUGGUGAAUUCACGCGGGGAAAUCAAGCUGUGCGACUUCGGCGUGAGCGGCCAGCUCAUCGACUCCAUGGCCAACUCCUUCGUCGGGACGCGCUCGUACAUGUCGCCGGAGAGACUGCAGGGCACGCACUACUCGGUGCAGUCAGACGUGUGGAGCAUGGGCCUGUCCCUGGUGGAGCUCGGCAUCGGUCGCUAUCCCAUCCCGCCCCCUGACGCCAAAGAGCUGGAGGCCGUCUUCGGGCGGCCAAUAUUGGACGGGGCUGACGGCGACACGCACAGCACCUCCCCACGCCCUCGGCCUCCAGGCCGGCCCGUCAGCGGACACGGAAUGGACUGUCGACCAGCCAUGGCUAUAUUUGAGCUGCUGGACUACAUCGUCAAUGAGCCUCCCCCAAAACUCCCGCAUGGCAUCUUCACUUGUGACUUUCAGGACUUUGUGACAAAAUGUCUCAUGAAGAACCCAGCAGAGAGAGCAGACCUGAAGAUGUUAAUGAACCACACGUUCAUCAAGCGCUCAGAAGUGGAGGAGGUGGACUUUGCCGGCUGGUUGUGCAGAACCGUGGGUCUGAACCAGCCCAGCACUCCCACGCGCAGUGUCGUUUGAGCACUGCCUGCGCCUGUCUGUCUGUCUGUAUCUGUCUCUCACUGUCUGUCUGCUUAUACCUCUCCCAACCCCUGCAAUGUGCACGCAGAUGGAUACCUUCAUAUACAUGUAAUCAUACUGGCCACACCGUUUGGGGGGAACAUGCUGUAUUUUCCUGCAGUACACAAAAGCGGGAUCCAUUUUGACAGCGAUUGCUGUAUCCAAAUGUGUUUUUUUUUUUUGUACAUUUAAGGUAACAGCAUGACGGUGUAUGUUACCUAAUGAAUGUUUUCAAGUCCCCAAAAUGUGGGUAUUUAUAUUCACUUGGGUUUUCCUUUCUGCAAAGUAGAUUUAUUAAUCGGCUGUUAAUUGUGUGGUUGUGUGUGCAUGCAUGUGUGUAUGUGUGCUUGCAUGCAUGCGUGUGUGUGUGUGUGUGUGCGUGCGCACGCGCAUUUGUGCACGUGUAUCGAUGGGGGUGUGUGUGUGUGUUCUACAACCAUCAUGUUAUGUUCUGUAUGAAAACCGUCCUUUAAUGUGUCCAAGGUAAGCGUUUCAAAAUGAGAAAGAAUGAAAUGUAAGCUGCUUUUUCUGGACUUCUAGCCAGUUCGCAGCAUUUUUACCUUCCAAUGUGCCCCUGAUGUUGUGAUUGAAUCAGAAGAGCCUCAUUAGGUCAGUCGCACUCCAAAGACUAACUAUAGAACCUCUCAAUACAGGCUUCCUGAUUGACCAGUUUUUAUGCUUAGGACACAAUCCUCCGUUGCUGAAAUUGCUUCUGUGACUUUAGGAAAUAGUACAUUUUUGUAAGUAAAAUUUCUGCUGAGAUCUGCAUUUUUUUUUAUUUUAUUUUUUUUUUUCCCAGAAAUGGAGGGUGACCAGGCAGCAAAUGACUCCCAGUUUGUGCUCUUGGGGAAACAUGACUGCUUUUUAGCAGAGGGCUGCGCUCUGUGUAAAAGGCGAUUUUGUAAAAAUUUUUUACUUCCAUCCUGCACUUUACUUGGUUUUAAAAUUGGUAUUAGCGCCUAAUGUAAACGGUUCUCUCCGAGUUGAGCCUGUAUGGUUGGGUUUUUUUUCCUUUCUAGACGGGGUCGACCGCCGUUCUCACACAACUUAAGCCGCGCACUGCAGAUUACGAUAACACAUCGGCACGGCUUAAAUGUUUAUGGCCGAAAAUAUUCAAGGUUAAAGAGGAGUCGGCGUGAUGUCAUCUAGAUAGGCAGCUUUCAGAGAAGCUAGCCUGCAGACCUGUGACUGUGAAUGCUGGUGACUGUCCUAGGGGGCACCUGCUCUGGCUCGUGUUGCCUACAGUCCCGGAGGGCUUUCCGGGCUUUGAAAAUGUUUAUCUUUGUCUGUCUGUGUCUGUAUUUCCUGUUUCUUUUCACAUUCUGUGAUAUGCAGCCCUUGCCCAAUGUAAGAACCAUUUCAGCAGGAAAAAAAAAUUACCCGUGUGGAGACUGGAUCGGGUUGCGAGGCAGCAAAUCAUUCCUCUGUCACUGCUGAUCAUUCCUUGUCUGAAAAUGCUGGAUUUAAUUUAUUUACAUGUUGACAUUUUAUAUUCUGUCCCACACUGUGUCUCCCCCCCCCCCCCUUCUUUUCAGAUGUGAUCAACUGUUUCCUGCAAAAUAACACUCCAUUGAACACAUUCAGAAUGUCAUUUUGAUCACAAUAGGUAAUGGGUUUAUGUCGUUGUUUUUGGAAUAUAGCAUACUAAUUUUCUUUCCGUUGCCGGCUUCCCACAUUGCUGAAUGUACGCAUGUAUUCACAUGUGUACAAAAUGGUUCGUGUAUGUCUUUAUAUACGUUUUUUUUUUAAAUUAUUUUUUGUCCUAAUUUGACUGAUAAACAGUAUUUAAAUGUCAACAAUAAAGGAAAAUAAAGUGCGCUAGCGGUGAAAGUGAAUUUGUGCGAGAUGGCGUUUUAGGCAUUUUGGAUGUUUGCUGGGACUUCACUCGGUGCGUGUGUGCGCGCGCAUGCAUGCACUCACAUUUGUGUGUAUUGUGAAGUUCAUAAAUAUUCAUUAACGGACACACGUAAACCUGUGUUCAUUAGAAUUGCACUGGAUGUUCAUAGCAGUGUGCUGAACAAACAAAAUGGCAGAAAGCUGAGUGACUGGGACCUGCUGUUUUUGUGUGAUUUUUUUUAUACUGUGAUAAGUAUAUUAUUUAUACAUA